ACCUCGCUCCGCCGCUCCGGCACCGGUAAAAGCUAACCCCGCACGCUGGAACUGGGACCCACAACUCAGGCGGUCAGGCGUGCUCGAUUCGUGCUUCUGGUUCGUCGUCCCUUCGCUUCUCCACCUCCGCGCCCGUUCCCCACUUCCCCUUGCGCAUCUCUCUCUCUGCGCUCGUGGUGCUCAGCCAUGGCGGACUACCACUUCGUAUACAAGGACGUGGAGGGGGCGACCACGCAGUGGGACGACAUCCAGCGCCGCCUCGGGAAUCUGCCGCCGAAGCCGGAGCCUUUCAAGCCGCCGCCCUUCGCCCCCAAGGUCGACGCCGACGAGCAGCCUAAGUCCAAGGAAUGGCUCGACGCGCGCGAGCCCGAGGAGCUCGAGGAACUCGAGGACGACCUGGACGACGACCGCUUCCUCGAGCAGUACAGGAAGAUGAGGCUAGCAGAGCUCAGGGAGGCAGCAAAAGCUGCUCGGUUUGGCAGUAUACUGCCCAUCACCAGCUCAGACUUUGUGCGUGAGGUGUCUCAGGCACCAUCAGAUAUCUGGGUUGUUGUUUUCCUCUUCAAGGACGGGAUACUGGAAUGUGGGUUGCUUCAAAAUUGUUUGGAAGAAUUGGCUACAAGAUACCCAGGAACAAAAUUUGUUAAGAUUAUCUCCACAGACUGCAUUCCCAACUACCCCGAUAGAAAUGUCCCUACAAUACUGGUGUAUAACAACAGUGCUGUCAAAGGGACUUAUAUUGGUUUGCAGAAGUUCGGUGGAAAGAGAUGCACGCCUGAGUCUGUUGCAUUAGCACUUUGCCAGUCAGACCCAGUACUGAAUGAUGGGCAUGGCGGCAGCGAUUCAUCCCGGGACAAUGUCAUAGAAGGCGUACGCAGGAAGUUCAUAGAGAAGGUAGUGGCCCAGCAUGAAGAGCGGGAAGAAGAGGAUAGUGACUAAGCUUAUACUGUUUGCGUUUGUUUGCCUCAGAUGGCAGAUCAAAUUUGGUUCUGCUGUUUACUGAACUUAUGUGGUUGCAUGGGUGAAAUUUGUCACAGUUUUCUGAUUUUAUCUGGUUUGCGGGCGAAGUUUUUCAAGGUUUACUGAUCUUAUUGCCCGGUUCUGGUGUUAUGGCUAGAGAUUUGUGAACUAUUCUACACGGUGGCAGUAAAAUCUUUUAGUAGUCUUUCAGCUGUAA